CCUAGCGCGUCGGUUCAGUUCAGUCCAGUGGAUUCGAAAAACGAAAAGGACUCAGCUCCGAGUUGGGAAUUCAAGAGUUUCGAAAAAAGGCUUUUCGAGCGACGCGAAGCAACAACAACAACAAGUGAUAUAAUUACUCUAGCUGAAAGUCAAAGAAAGAGUUGUUUUGACAAGUGUUGGCUUGAUUAUUUUCUAAGUUUUUUUCGAGUGUUGGCCAGUGCUUGGGACCCGUUUCGGCGCAUCUCUUGUUUUUCAAAAAAGAAGCUCAAAAUAUCAAAGUAAACACAAGUACAGACAUGCCAAUGGAACAGUCCCGGACAGUAUUAUGAUGAACUUGCUUUUGGUCAAGGAAACCGGCGAGCGGAUCGCCGAUAUCAACUACAGCCAAGAGCGUAAUACCACACCCCAUCCAAGCCUGACCCAAAGAGCCAAUCAUCGCAAACUGGCGGAACUCGAAUUUGCAUCGGGAUCGGGACACGGAGGGUCUGGAAUCGGAGCCGGAGGUGGGUGUGGACCCGCAUUCCGAUGGCAACUGCUCCUGCUCCUUCUGCUCUGCAAUUGCAUUGAUCUUACCGUUUCGAACAAAAUCUCCUCAGUGGGCGCCUUCGAGCCGGACUUUGUGAUUCCGCUGGAGAACGUGACCAUCGCCCAAGGUCGGGACGCGACCUUCACGUGCGUGGUGAACAACCUCGGGGGUCAUCGGGUGAGUGGUGACGGUUCGUCAGCCCUAGCCAAGGUCGCCUGGAUUAAGGCCGAUGCCAAGGCAAUUCUGGCCAUUCACGAGCACGUGAUAACCAACAAUGAUCGAUUAUCGGUGCAGCACAAUGACUACAACACAUGGACGCUCAACAUACGCAGCGUCAAAAUGGAGGAUGCCGGCAAAUACAUGUGUCAGGUCAACACGGAUCCCAUGAAAAUGCAGACUGCCACCUUAGAGGUGGUCAUUCCGCCGGAUAUCAUCAACGAAGAGACCUCAGGAGACAUGAUGGUUCCCGAGGGCGGAUCCGCCAAGCUCGUGUGCCGAGCCCGUGGCCAUCCCAAGCCCAAGAUCACGUGGCGUCGCGAGGACGGCAGGGAAAUCAUUGCUCGCAGUGGCUCGCACCAGAAAACCAAAGCCCAAUCGGUGGAGGGUGAAAUGCUGACUCUGUCGAAGAUCACGCGAUCGGAAAUGGGCGCCUACAUGUGCAUCGCCUCCAACGGAGUGCCGCCGACGGUGAGCAAGCGGAUGAAGCUACAGGUGCACUUUCAUCCGCUGGUUCAAGUGCCAAAUCAAUUGGUCGGCGCCCCGGUCCUCACGGAUGUCACAUUAAUUUGCAAUGUCGAGGCAUCGCCGAAGGCCAUCAAUUAUUGGCAGCGCGAGAAUGGUGAAAUGAUUAUUGCCGGCGAUCGUUACGCGCUCACCGAGAAGGAGAAUAAUAUGUACGCCAUCGAGAUGGUCCUGCACAUCAAGCGACUCCAGACAAGCGAUUUCGGUGGCUACAAGUGCAUCUCCAAGAACAGCAUCGGCGACACCGAAGGCACCAUCCGGCUCUACGAAAUGGAGCGUCCCGAAAGGAAAUUCCGUAACGAUGAUGAUCUCAACGAAGUGUCGAAGAACGAGGUGGUGCAAAAGGACACGCGCAGCGAGGAUGGGUCACGCAACCUGAACGGAAGGCUCUACAAGGACCGGGCUCCGGAUCAGCACCCGGCCAGCGGGAGUGACCCGGUCCUCGGACGAGGGACAAUGCGGCUAAUCGGGACAUUUCUAUUAGCCUUAUUGGUAUUAUUAACGGCGUUGGCCGAAGCUGGGCCAGCAACAUUGUCCUGCCACACAAAAGGCGGCAGACAAAAGAAGGCCAAGGAAACGAGUUUGAAUGGGCAGCCGGAUAAGGACGAGGCCAAGGAUGGGCAGGCGGAGAAGUGGAGCCAGAGCUGGGAGAGAUCGGCGCGGAGUUGGAGACGGGCAGUGACGGCGGAGUAAGAUUAUUAUAGCUUAAUUCAAUUGUAAUUAUACAAGCAAGAUUAUGAUGCAAGGAGCUCCUGCCCUCGUCCAGCUCCUGCUCCUCCGCACAGACACAGACACACAGGCCAGGAAAAGAGGGCAUUAAUCAAUGGGGAUGUGGGGGAUGCCACCAUCCCACUGGCUAAUCAUCUACGCCCAUGCUAAUUGCAAAGGGGGUGGCUUAGCCCAAGAGAUGGGGACAGGGCUAAUUGAAUGCAUAUUAAAUCAAAAGGAAGAAGGAGAAACUAAAGUGUCGUAGUUAAGUGGAAAAGAAAACGCGUUUAAAUGUUACCUCGUUAGUGGAAAAUGAUGACAAGGAAGAAGGCCCCAACAGCCCAACACCCCAACCCCGCAACUCCCCAACCACCCAAAAAGAAAGUCAACUAUAAACAAUAUUGAGAUUAAAUGGUGUUCGGUUCUUUAAAUGGCUUUAGCUACUCUGAAGUAAACAAAAGUACGACUACGGAAGGAUAUUUGCGUACUAUAAAUAAUGAAUACGGCAAAGACAUUGGCACAGAUAUUUCUAGAUGUCUAAACAAUAAGAAAGGUUUUUUUUUUCUGUUUAUACGUUGGGUUUUCCUAGAAGAAAUAUAUAUACACAUAAAUAUAUAUAUAUAUCUACAUAUAUGUAUUAGGUGUUUAAUCGAGAGUUCUGUAUAUAUACUUAAGGCCUGCUCAAAGAGAAGGAACUUUGUGGCUAAAAAGAAAUGUUUAGACGAUCUUUGCAAACUGCGCAAGCUGUAAAUAUUUAUACCUUAGUGAUCCAUAAAGGAGUUUCGUUGUUAUUAUGGUAGAAGUGGUUCUCAUUUUGGACCCCUUGUUGUCACCCUCGUUCUCACGGCUCAAAAGACUAAUGCAGACCCUAGAGUUAAGCCAACUUUCGAAUCCCCUAAGACAAUUAUCCGCUAAGAGUGUGUGUGUGUGUGUGUGUGUGACUUUUAAUCUAAGCUACUGACUAAUCCAUGUUCAAUCAAGCAGAGUCUUUAAAGAUAUAAGUUGUAAUUUCUAAUAGAAAACAGGCCUUAACCUGGCCAGAACUUCGGGAAAAUACACCUCAGGGGUGGAACAAACUUUAGAAGAAAUUUAACUCAGCUGAAAGUUAUGCUAUAGAUUCUAUAGCUUGAUAUUGGCCAUAUAGUACUUGAUUGCAUACUUUUAGGUAACAUCCAAAUCUGAGUAGAGUUCAAGUUAAGUUUCGCUUUCAUACUUCAUACGAGAAUCUCAAGAGCUUAAAUAUGGAUAUUGAAUAUUCGGUUUUAAGAUCUUGAGAUCUGGUGCAGGCAGACUCACACACACACCGAAACCAACCAUAGCCCCACGUAUGUAUGUGUUUAUGUAAUACUCAUGUGUGCGUGUUCAGCUCAAUUCCAUGUUUAAAUAUAGUGUAAAUCAAAGGAAAGGGGAAUCGAAAAGCAGAAACAGAAAACAGAAAACAGAAAAGCAGAAAUAAAUGUGCCAAAAGCAUUAAAAGCAACUCGCAGUAAAGAAGUGUGGCGGAAGCAGAAGCAGAGGUAAAUACCCAACCGAGAUAAGAUGCGUGUGUGUUGAUAUCCGAAAUACAAAGUACAGUAAUACCCAGACAUAUGUAUAAUCCGCAUAUCCAGUUCCGCUCCCCCAGAUCCAGCUAGUAGAGGUCACUCGAAAGCUGUCUACUCAGAUGUACUCUGACUCAUAUACGUACCAAGGAAGCAAAUGUAUGGAGAGGGGCGAAUAAACAUGCAUUUUAAAUAUAAUGAGAAUAUAAAUAAAUAAACUUAAUUAAAUAUAGGGAAUAUUUUUUUUGCGGGUACGAGAGUAACGUAAUCGCCUAGCAAAUCAAAGUUACGUUUAAACUACACGUGUAAGGCAAAGGAAAAUAGUUUAUUCAUCUAAAUGGAACCCCGGGCGAUCGCGUUGUUAGGAAAGAACAAGAAAAAGAAAGGGAAAGAAGAAAACUACGAUUUAGUGGAAACUGCAGGGGGAGAAAGACAGGCAAACUAAACUAUAGUAACAAACUAAGAAUUAACAAACUAAGCCAGAAAACCAUUCAAGUCAUAAAGCAUUCAAUGUCUACGCUACAGCCAUACAAAGAUAAACCAUAAACGAAAGAAUAUUCAAAUAUUUGACAACUACGAGUACAUAUGCAAUGAGAAUAUCCAACAAUUUCAAAAUGUAAAACCCAAAAACGAAAACGAGAGUUUGCUGCGUAAUAUGAUUCCAUGAAAUUCCAUGAUUCCCGAACAACAAAAAUAAAGUAACGAUAAUAGCAUUUAGUUGGAUUUGUGUUUAUGUACAUAAGAAAUGAGCGAAACAAAUGUUUGUACUGUAAAAUCUGAUUAUACAACAGAAUAUUCAAAAACGCGCAAUCGAAAAAACCAAAAAAAGAGAAAGAAAAAAGCGAAAAUAAAUAA